AUGGGUUGGGUCGACAACGCAUCGCCCGAAAUCGAGGCCAAGUCCGAGUACAGGACCAUCAUCAGCGUCGUCGUCGUCCUCACUGUCCUGGCCAUCGGCAUUGUCAGUGCUCGACUAUGGAUCAGAAUCAAGUCACACGGCAUGGCUUCCGAUGACUGGAUGGCCGUGGUUUCGAUGGCGUGCUGCAUCCUGUACUCGAUUGCCUGCAUCGUCCAGACAAAAUAUGGCCUUGGACUUGGUAUUCUAGAUCGCCCGAAAGCAAACCUGAUACCAUACACUCGUUGGAACUAUGGCGCUCGCCCCUUCUACCAACUCGGCAUAUCCUUCUUCAAGAUCGCCUUGUUGAUCAGCUAUCUUCGACUCUUCCAGGGCACAAACCAGGUCGUCUACAGACGAGUUGUGUGGAGUGCCAUCGUGCUCAUCUUCUUGGGCCACUUGGGCUGCACGUUCGCUCUGGUUUUUGCCUGCAAUCCCGUUGACAAGUCGUGGAAUCCAUUAACACCUGGCUCCUGCCUCGCACCCGGACCGUCGUUCGCCGGUUAUGCUAUCGUCACCAUCAUCUCCGACGUCGUUGUCGCCGUUAUCCCGAUCCCCGUCCUGCUUAAGUUGAAGGUCAGCACCGGCAAGAAGAUUGGUCUCAUCGUCAUCUUCCUCCUCGGCCUCUUCACCACGCUGUGCUCCGUCUUCCGCUACCUCCAGAUCAACCGGAUUCAGUAUGGCGACGGCAACUCGACUCUGCUUGUAUUGUGGGGCGUUAUCGAAUUCAACGUUGGCAACAUGGUCUCCUCGCUUCCUUUCCUUGCUCCCGUCUUCGUGCGCAAGGCCAAGGAGUAUCGGGACAAGUACGGAGUCAACGCAUACGGAUCCAACGGAGGGAAGAUGGGCAAGAGCGGCGAUGCGUACAAGCUCGGCAGUGUUUCCAGCCAGAGCAAGAGCGCGUAUGCCUCUGCUCAGGGUCACAGCACCAGCGAGGAGAACAUCUUGAAGGACACCCACGACGGCUCCAUCAUGAAGUCGGUCACAUACAGCGUCCACGUCGACGAGGCUUCCCGCAAGGUCUGA